AUGACACAACCCGAUCAGUUGCAAAUCACCAUUUACGAAACCUCACUGGAACAUUUGAUACCUUUGAAAUACAAGAGGAUGAGUUACAUAUACCUAAACCUAGGUUGUUUAAAAUCUUCAUGGAAUUACAGGGAUAUCUAUCCAGAUAUAUAUGAAUUAAGGUAUAUUCACUAUGUCUCAAAUUGCUGGAAUAAGAAACAACCACGAUAUGAAAUCUUUUUUGAUACCGCAUCACGUCUUAAAACAAUAUUUAAUUCAGAUUCUCCAAAGAAUCAUAGUACGAUAGCUCGAACUGGGGCAGGUUUGGCCAAAAGCGGUGACAUCAAAGUGAAAUUGGAGCAAGAAAGGAUGGAUUUAACAGUCAUCAUCGAUAAGAUGAAGAUCUUAAAUCAAUCAUUGUAA